AUGAAAAGACUAUUCAGACGCUUAACUACAAUGGAAAAAGUCAAACAGCCUGAAUGGAACCGGCCGCAGCAGAUUGCUGCUCGCCCUGUCCUCAAAGUGUUCAACUCUCUCACGCGCGCAAAAGAAGAGUUUAUUCCGCUAAGCAAGAACCGGGUUACUUGGUACUCUUGUGGCCCAACAGUUUAUGACUCGGCUCAUAUGGGUCAUGCCCGUAACUACGUCACGACUGAUAUCAAUCGUAGACUGCUACAAGACUAUUUCGGAUACGACGUGCUCUAUGUACAGAAUAUUACUGAUAUUGACGAUAAGAUCAUUGUGCGAGGACGUCAAAACUACUUAUUUGAUCAAUUUUCGCAAAAGCUGAGAGCUAGUGGAUCUGUAAGUAAUGAGGUCAAGGCUCAGGGUCGAUCCGCUUUAGAAUCAUAUGCAUCUGCUGCUUUCACUGAUUUGGCCCUCUCCCCACCGCUGGAUUCUAAAAGUAGUUACACCAAUUGGCUUGGAGAGCAAGAUAAAGCAGAGCUCACCGCCAAAGAUCCCAAGUUCCCGAUGAACGCAACGGCCGUGGAAAACGCGUUGGGCGCUUUGGAAAGUACCCAAGUGGAUGAGUAUUUGGAAGGGAUUCAGAGCGUUUUGGUUAAACUUUUAGACAAGGAACUUGGCAGUGAGGUUACCGAUCAUUCUGUCUUUAGGAAACUCAGCUCCUAUUUCGAGGCAGAUUUCGAGGCAGAUAUGAAGCAGCUUAAUGUGCUUCCUCCUGAUGUGACAACCCGUGUGUCUGAGUAUGUUCCAGAGAUUGUUACUUUUGUCAAGCAAAUUAUUGAGCGCGGCUAUGCCUAUGCUGCUUCGGACGGUAGCGUUUACUUUGACGUUGCGGCGUUCGAGGCCAACCCCAGUCACGACUAUGCAAAGCUGCAACCUUGGAAUAAGGGUGUUCAGGAACUUAUUGAUGAGGGAGAAGGUUCCUUGUCUUUACAAAGUAGUGGCAAAAAGUCUCGAUCUGAUUUUGCCCUUUGGAAGUCGUCCAAGCCUGGCGAGCCGGCUUGGGAUUCACCUUGGGGUAUGGGACGUCCGGGCUGGCAUAUUGAAUGCUCGGUGAUGGCUUCUCAUAUCCUUGGUCCUCAAAUUGACAUCCACUCUGGUGGAAUUGACCUUGCUUUUCCUCACCAUGACAACGAGCUGGCUCAGUCUGAGGCCUGCUUCGACUGCCCACAGUGGAUCAACUAUUUCAUGCACAACGGCCAUUUACAUAUUGAGGGUCAGAAGAUGUCGAAAAGUCUCAAGAACUUUAUCACAAUCAAAGAGGCAACUGCGCAAUUCUCAGCCCGUCAACUGCGUUUGGCGUUCGCAUUCCAACCUUGGAACACCCAGCUUGACUUCAAGAUGUCCCUUUCGCACGUGAAGUCAUUUGAGUCUACUUUGAGCAACUUUUUCAGCAAAGUCAAAGCACUUUUGCGUGAAGCGACAGAAACCACGCCCAAACAUGUCGGUAAGGCUGAAGUUGAUUUACUAGACGAGCUCUACAAAACUCAGUUAGCUGUUGAUGAGGCGUUCGCCGAUAACCUGUCGGUUUAUCUUGCUUUCCAGCAUAUAAGCGUGUUGAUUCAAAAGGCUAACGAGUAUGCAUCCAAUACAGAGCUACCCAAGGCCGAAGUUCUAGCGACGAUUGCAAAGUGGGUCACCAAGAUUUUCAACAUUCUCGGAUUUGAGACCUCUGAAAUCGGUUGGGCCACGACAGAUGGGUCUAGUAUUAAUAAAGAAGAUGUUGCUCUGCCAUUCGUACAGAUUUUGGCCGGGUUCCGUGAGGAGGUGCGCCAAGUCGCCAUGGCUGGCGAGCAGCCUAACAAGGACCUUCUCGCUCUGUGUGAUCGCGUUCGCGAUCUUGAUCUUUUGAACGCAUGUGUUGCUCUGGAUGACCGCAAAGGUGAUAAGGUGGCGCUGAUCAAGUUCUUGACAGAAGUCGAGCGUGAUGAAAUUCUUAAUCAACGCCGGAUGCUCGCCGAAGCUGCCGAGCAAAAGGCUAAGCAGAAAGCUGAAAAACAGAAGCAGGCAGAAGAGCAAGAGCGUUUGAAACGUGAAAAGGCCAAAACCCGCCCCGAGGAUAUGUUCAAGGGCCUGCCUGAGUAUUCACAGUUUGAUGAUAAGGGUAUUCCUACGCAUGACGCCCAAGGCGAGCCUCUAUCUAAGAGCUCUACGAAAAAACUCCUCAAGCAAUGGCAACUCCAAGAGAAGCUCUAUAAGCAGUAUAACUAG